CGGCAGCAGGACAAGGCGGCGGCGGCGGCUGGGGAUCAGACAUGGCGGCGGAUCUGAACCUGGAGUGGAUCUGCUCCCUGCCCCGCUCCUGGACUUACGGGAUCACCAGGGGCGGCCGCGUCUUCUUCAUCAACGAGGAGGCGAAGAGCACCACCUGGCUGCACCCCGUCACCGGCGAGGCCGUGGUCACCGGGCACCGGCGGCAGAGCACAGAUUUGCCUACUGGCUGGGAAGAAGCAUAUACUUUUGAAGGUGCAAGAUACUAUAUAAACCAUAAUGAAAGGAAAGUGACCUGUAAACAUCCAGUCACAGGACAGCCAUCCCAGGACAAUUGUAUUUUUGUAGUGAAUGAACAGACUGUUGCAACCAUGACAUCUGAAGAAAAAAAGGAACGACCUAUAAGUAUGAUAAAUGAAGCUUCUAACUAUAACAUGACUGCAGACUAUGCGGUGCAUCCAAUGAGCCCUGUAGGGAGGACUUCACGGGCCUCAAAAAAAGUUCAUAAUUUUGGGAAGAGAUCAAAUUCAAUUAAAAGGAAUCCUAAUGCACCUGUGGUCAGACGAGGUUGGCUUUAUAAACAGGACAGCACUGGCAUGAAGCUAUGGAAGAAACGCUGGUUCGUGCUUUCUGAUCUUUGCCUCUUUUAUUAUAGAGAUGAGAAAGAAGAGGGUAUUCUGGGAAGCAUACUGUUGCCCAGUUUUCAGAUAGCUCUGCUUACCUCAGAGGAUCACAUUAAUCGCAAAUAUGCUUUUAAGGCUGCCCAUCCGAACAUGCGGACCUAUUAUUUCUGCACUGACACAGGAAAGGAAAUGGAGUUAUGGAUGAAAGCCAUGCUAGAUGCUGCCCUGGUGCAGACAGAACCUGUGAAAAGAAUUACCUUUAAUAUCCGAGUGGAUAAGAUUACAUCUGAAAAUGCACCAGCUAAAGAGAUCAAUAACUUUCCCAAUCAUAGAGUGCUAAUUAAACCAGAGGCCCAAAAUAACCAGAAAAACAAGGAAAUGAGUAGAAAUGAAGAAAAAAAGGCAUUAGAAGCUGAAAAAUAUGGAUUUCAGAAGGAUGGCCAAGAUAGACCUUUAACAAAAAUUAAUAGUGUAAAGUUGAAUUCUCUGUCAUCUGAAUAUGAGAGCGGGUCAACAUGCCCAGGUCAGACUGGACACUACAGGCCAGUCAAUUUGAAUAGUUCAGAGAACAAAACAGUCAAUGUGAGCCUGGCAGAUCUUAGAGGUGGAAGUCACCACAAUACGGGGCCCUUACACACAGAGGCUGAUCGAGUCAUACAGAGAACGAAUUCAAUGCAACAGCUGGAGCAGUGGAUUAAAAUCCAGAAGGGAAGAGGUCAUGAAGAGGAAACCAGGGGAGUCAUCUCUUACCAAACAUUGCCAAGAAACAUGCCAAGCCACAGAGCGCCAGUCAUGGCCCGCUACCCCGAAGGCUACAGAACCCUCCCGAGAAACAGCAAGACCAGGCCAGAGAGCAUCUGCAGCGUCACGCCCUCAGGCCACGACAAGACAGCGGGACCCGGAGCCGAGGAGAAGCGGCGGUCCAUGCGGGACGACACCCUGUGGCAGCUGUAUGAGUGGCAGCAGCGCCAGUUUUACAGCAAGCAGGGCACCCUCCCUCGCCACAGCACCCUGACCAGCCCUAAAACCAUGGCCAACAUCUCCGACCAGACAAUGCACUCCAUCCCCACGUCACCCUCCCACGGCGCCAUCGCCGCCUAUCAGGGCUUCUCCCCGCAGCGGACCUACAGGUCGGACAUGUCUUCGCCGAUUCAAAGGGGAGACGUGACCAUCGACCGCAGGGACGUCACCGUCGACCGCAGGGACGUCACCCUCGACCGCAGGCACCGGGCCCAUCAUCCCAAGCACAUGUACAUGCCUGACAGGAGGUCAAUGCCAGCUGGCCUCACUUUACAGUCUGUUAAUCCCCAGAGCCUCCAAGGCAAAACGCCAGAGGAGCUUACACUGCUGCUCAUAAAGCUGAGACGGCAGCAGGCGGAGCUGAGUAGUAUCCGGGAGCACACUUUAGCACAGCUCAUGCAGCUCAAACUCGAGGCCCACAGCCCAAAGAAUGAAAUCCUUUCACAUCACCUUCAAAGGAACACCAUAUAUUUGGAUCAUCAGAUGAAAGAAAAUGAACCUAUUAUCACCAUGGUUCACACAAUGAUUGAGAACUCGGCGCUAAGACCCCAACUGUACCAGCAAUUCUUAAGACAGAGGAACAAGAUAAGUCUAUACUGUCUGUCACAGGAUGAAUGCAGAGGCACAUUAUACAAAUACAGACCUGAAGAAGUAGAUAUCGAUGCCAAGCUAAGCCGACUGUGUGAGCAAGAUAAAGUGGUACACGCUCUGGAGGAGAAACUUCAGCAGCUCCACAAGGAGAAAUACACGCUUGAGCAAGCUUUGCUGUCAGCCAGCCAAGAGAUAGAAAUGAAUGCAGAUAACCCAGCAGCCAUUCAGACCGUGGUGCUUCAGAGGGACGAUUUACAAAACGGACUGCUCAGCACAUGUCGUGAACUCUCUCGAGCCACUGCAGAACUGGAACGAGCGUGGAGAGAAUAUGAUAAGUUAGAGUACGACGUAACUGUUACCAGGAACCAGAUGCAAGAGCAGCUGGAUCGCCUUGGUGAAGUUCAGACUGAAUCAGCAGGAAUUCAGCGUGCACAAAUUCAGAAAGAACUCUGGAGAAUUCAGGAUGUCAUGGAAGGACUGAGUAAGCACAAGCAGCAGAGAGGCACUUCGGAAACAGGUAUGAUAGGAUCAAAGCCUUUCUCAACAGUUAAGUACAAAAAUGAGGAAGAGGAAGUAGUCCCACCUCGUCCUCCACUUCCUCGGUCCUAUGACUUUACAGACCAGCCUCCCAUAAUCCCCCCUCUGCCCAGUGAUAGCAGCUCCUUGCUCUGUUAUAGCAGGGGCCCAGUCCAUCUGCCCGAAGAAAAGAAGAUUCACCAAGUUCAAGGAUAUCCAAGAAAUGGAUCCCAUUGUGGUCCAGAUUAUAGACUCUACAAGAGUGAGCCAGAAUUAACAACAGUGGCAGAAGUUGAUGAGUCUAAUGGAGAAGAAAAAUCAGAACCUGCUUCGGAAAUAGAAACUUCUGUUAAAGGUUCCCACUUUCCUGUUGGAGUAGUCCCUGCAAGAACAAAAUCACCAACACCUGAAUCUUCGACAAUAGCCUCAUAUGUAACGUUAAGGAAAACUAAGAAGAUGAUGGAUUCAAGAACGGAACGACCAAGAAGUGCAGUGGAACAGCUCUGUUUGGCUGAAAGCACUCGACCUAGGAUGACUGUGGAAGAGCAAAUGGAAAGAAUCAGGAGGCAUCAACAAGCAUGCUUAAGGGAAAAGAAAAAAGGAUUAAAUCUUAUUGGUGCUUUAGACCAGUCACCCUUACCAAGUCCUUCAAAUUUAAGGGAUAAUCCAUUCAGGAUUACCCAGGCUCGAAGAAAGGAUGAUAACUCUAAGGAACUGGACACUGUCAUCAGAGAAAAUGACAUGAAGCCAAACCAGGACACUCCUUCCACAGAGACUGUUCAACUAAAAGAAGCUGAACCUCAAAAUACGGAUUUCAGCGAAGAGUUUAAAAAAACUGAAAAUGUUUUUUCUGAAACACUUUUCACACCUGAGCCAAAUGGAGUGAAUUCUGAGGAAGUGAUGGAUAAAGAAGGAGACAAAAAAGAGAUGCCUGAACAUGUGCCAUACAGCCCUCGAGAGGAGUCACAGAUCCCAAAUCAUAAACCAGAAGGCCCCCCUGCAGAAGAUACAAAGGACAAUAUUCAUGAGCAGGAAGAAAAUGUUCUUUCUUAUGAACUAACUCCUGAGGCUUCUAGAGGAAAUCAGACAAUGGCAGCGCAAAGCCUGCCUCCGUCUCCCGACUCCUCUGCGUCACCCGUCCCGUCCGCGCAGCCGCAGCUCACAGAAGGCUCCCACUUCAUGUGUGUGUAGUCUCACAACUAUACUGACUUCUGUUGAAACCAUUCAGAGCUGAGGACAUGGACCUUUGGCAAUGUGAGAAGAUAUUGUACAGUAUAUUUUAAAUCUAUGAAAUUCAUAGUUCUGAUGCUUUUGGCCACAGAGCAUCGUUUUAUCACUUCUGGAAAAUGUUUAUUCCAAAACAGCUUUAAUGGCCCAUAUGUACACUCAAGGUUCUGUAAUGUAAUCUCAAGGUUAUUACUCUGACACCAGCUUGCUGCUAUGAUUUCAAAGCACAUAAGUAAAGGUGCUUUUUAGUGUGCAGUCUACAGCCAGAGCUUACGUAGUUGCUGUUCUCCAGGUUUUGAUGUUUCUAAAGUCUGGGUGGAUUUAUAUUUCUUUUCAUUUUUCAGUACAGAAAAGUUAGUUAUUAUUUCCAGUGAAGCUUGUUUUCCUUUUUUUUCUUCUUCCUCCCAUUUCAGCUACUGCAAUGCUUUGUUUCACACUUGAUUUGUAAAAAUUUUAUAUAUAUAUUUAAAAUGUGCCAUUUUAUUAUUGCUAAGUGAAGUAUGUCUCGUUUCCUGCUAUAAUUAUUUCUCAGUCAGAUUGCAUUGUCAGCAGUUACUGCCACACUCUUGUCAGCUUAAACACAAAUGUUACCGCUUACUUUUUCUUAAAAAGCAAUUUAAAAUGUAGGUAUUUUGAAGUACUGGGCUUCUACUUCAUUGGACUAGAUGUGU